AUAACACGCACUCGUGGAGUCUGUGGGUGACGGGAUGUUCCUCGGCACUUCCCAGCUCUUUGUUUUUUUCCAACCUCCUCGGUAGCUCGUUUAACUCGUCUGCCUAGGUCGACCUGGUCGACCUGGUCGACCCUGACCACCUCUUUAAGUAGCACGGCCCACUGCGGGCCAUCGGGGUUGAGGUAUCGAGUCCUUAUUUGUCCAAGGCGCUUACCGACGUAAACUCAGCCUCUGCCCUCUCGCAAGGCCUGCAAAUAAAUGAUUGAUAGGGCCCAUCGCUCGUUUACAGGCAGUCGUAACGAAGAGUAAUCGACGUCACCAGGUUGACUAGCUUCUACUGUCGGACAUAUUGGCCCAUGGGCUUGACAUGCAAUGACGGCUCCGAAGCUUCUGUUCGCUCUUACAGCUUUCUCUUUACAGUCGAUCGUUUCUGCGCAGACGGUCCCAUAUUUCAAUAACAGCUCCCCCACCGCGACCGACUCAGCACCUCCCGUCGUUAUUGAGACUGAAUACCCGGUCAGCGCCCAGGUCACCGGGGCAGGCCUGCAAAGGGGUGGAGGGGAUGGCUACUGUGGCUGGCCACCUGUGACAGUGGAGAUAUGUGGGAAGCACUGCCCAUGCGAAGGACGAUAUCGUGUUACCGUAACAGAAACCCAGUCGGUCCCAUAUCCGGUCACGGUCAAUCAAACGGUAUGUUGUACGGCAACCAGAGAUGAGCAGACUUUGUGUGAUUCCACUGCCAUAUGCGGUCCCCUUUCAGGGUUGGGGAUGUGCUGGGCUAAGGUGGCCAUCCUUAUGAGCACUUGGAAUCAUCAGACCCCCUUCGAGCUAGAGACUCCAAGCUAUGCAGCUAACCAAACUGGCACCGUACAGGUCACAGAGACAGAAACAGUCACUGCCACGACGACAACAACGUCAAUUUCUGUUUCAACGGAUCUGGAAGUAACUACGGAUUACGUGGAAACGACGGAAACAGAAUACAUCACAACGUCUUACCCGCAAAUAAUUACCGUGAGCCAGUGUCACUUCACAAACGAACCGACCGAGACCCCUGAGCCAUACCCAACCGAUGGCUAUGGUAUCAUCCGCCGCCGCCGCCUCCGGACGAAUCCCGAGUGCGUCAUCACCACUGAAACAAUAUGGACUACAACGGUCCAGACAACGGUGACGACAUCAACAAUCGUCUCAACAGAAAUAGAUGUGGAAGUGUCGCCGACUACAGUAACGAAUACGGCCACUGAUACAACAACUGAGACUACCACCUCAACACUCCUCGGGACGACCAGCACGACCGUCUUCGAACCGACAACUCUGUUCGCAACGGUCACUGUUAACACAAGCUACCCCGUGACCGUAGUCAGUGAUCAUACCAUUUUUACCACCGUUCCGACCACGGUGAUUUCGACAAUCAUAACCUCAGUCCCCGUUCCAACGACGGUCACCGAGACCGAGACGGAUAUCACGACAAAUAUUCUCACCGUAACUCAGCCGCCUAUAACAACCACGAUUAGCGGCAGCUUGACUACAAUUACCCCGUCGCCAGUGACAGUAACAACAGUCCUGCCCGGGUCCGUGACGACACUCCCCGGGACGACGUCUUUGGUCACAGUGACCAGUACUAUCCCCCCAACCACGACGACUAUUAUCCAGUCUGGCACAACAGUCACGACGGUCUUGCCUGGAACCACAUCGGCCGUGACAAUAACCAUCACUGGGGCGCCUGUAACGGUGACCCAGCCGCCGACACCCCCUGAGACGAUUACUGUCGAGACGACAAUCCUUGGUUCGGUUACAACCUGCGCAGCGCCUCAAAAUACCGCAGGAUCGGCCCCUGCGGCUUUCAACGCAUCAUCGGACCUCACAUGGGGUUGCAAGCCCGGCUUCGUCUGUAGCCCCAAGAAGCCGGAUAGCUGUAAUAUCUGGGCCGAUUCUCCAGCAGAUGAUUUUGCAUGCAGUCCGUCGGAUUGUAUCCCCUCCCCCGCCUUCCCAAUCGUGCAGUGGCCGGAGAACAAGACGAGCUACUAUCCUCCAACGGACGGGUAUUUCAACCUAGCGCCACCCGCGUUUGGCCUGAGUUACGAUAUCUUUGAGGCUGAGGUGAUCGUUGAGAAGGUCGGCGGUUCUUUGACUUCAGUCGUCACUGGAAAUUGGGCUUCGCAGUCGACAAUUACCCGCUUCCCACCCGCCAGCACCGAGUCUACCUCGCCCCCUUCAGCGAAGUCGAAACCGAAGAGGAGCAUACGGGAGGGUGGCCCAGAUCAUCCCAACUCCCUGUUUAAACGAGAUGACUCGAUAAUUCCCGCCGUGUGCUAUGACACUUGCAACAACUGCUAUCUCGAGGCUCAAGCUGUUGGGAAGACGCCGGCAUUGUGCGCAGCAGGCUCCCCGUUCAAGCAAUACUACGACGCCUGCCAGGAUUGCAUCCUCAAGAAUAGCGCCCAGACGAAGCUCACGACCAAGGCGUACCUGGAACCAAAGUUCUCGCAGUUUCUCAAAUUCUGCGAUGCCCUGGAUGCCCAACCCCAGGUCACCACCUCGGGCCCAGAGUCCGAGGCGAGUGCGCCUCCCAAUGUCGAGACUAGCUCGCAGGCGCAAGCCAACACGGACACGAGCCCGAGUCCGAUCACGGCAAGCUCGCAAGCCGAUGCCCUAACCGCCAGCUCUGCCCCCUCACUCCCGACCAGUGCCCUUCCGCCCCCUGAAGCUAGCGACUCUUUUGCGUCCAGCGCCAUUGCAGCAACCGCCUCCACAGCCGGUGGUCCGGCUCCAACAAGCCCAACCGAGUCGGCUUCCACGACCUCAGCAGUCACGGUAAACGCCGGUUUCAGAUCAACCCAGACGAGCCUCGUACCGCUAUUAUUUUCCUUCCUUGCUACCCUUCUAUUUAUCUAGACUGUUUGCCCCGGGCCUUUUGAUUCCCGCCAUGUCUAAUGGGGGUACUCGGCAUCUGCCGGCUGUUGCUAUAUAGACCGAGCGUUCAUAUUCUUCCGCUCCUUGAUGACAGCGUGUUUAUUUGUUUUUCAUAGAAACCACUAUUGUUUUGUUCUUAUUAAUGUUCGGAUCGAAGGUACUAAAAACGGAUGGCUAGGCGCAGUUCCUGAUACUCGUGGCUGGGCAGCAUUGUCGGCAGGACGCUUCUUAGGCUUGGUCAUUUUUGGUUGAUGAUGUGAUACCCCCUUUUUCGCUCCUUGGACGACGGUCCGACUGGCUUGCGGAAACAACAAUGUCACUCAUUUCAUUUAUCUCUUGCGGGCUUGCGCAGGGGAAAAAGAUAAGGGGGAUAAUCUAUCGAUAGAUAAAUAAGAUUUGGGUUGAGCAUUUGUGCUCCCUCCCAGGUGACAACUCGGGAUAGG